AAUGCACGUUUAAUGUCAAAAGUAAAAGUACUCAUACAGAGAAGCCUCCUCCAGAGUGUUAUAUAUUAAUUAAUAUUAUUAUUAUACAACUAACAUUCAUGUCUUAGGCUUCCACCCCUCUCAACACUUUCACUUCAACCUUCACUCAGCAGACUCUUCAGCUUCGUUCAGUGUUUACAUUUAAAAUGAAGCCUCUUUCCACUUGGAUUUUAUUAAUGCCACUUCACUAUUUAAGACCAUUUCAACUGCAUUUAUCACCGAUGAGCACAUGCAAAUUUUCUUCUUAGAUUAUAUCAUUUUUUUUUACCCUUAAUUAUUACUGAUGCGCUGACAUGGAAGCAGUGCUUAAGUGUUGUAGAGGGUGGAGGUGGCAGCAAGUUUGGGUAAUUUAAGCUGCUACUGCAAUUGCAUUAAUAACACUGCAUCAUAUUUUAUAAACUUAUUGAAAUCUGAAAAGUAUCUAGUAACUGCAUGUGAAAUAAAUAAAGUUGGCAUGAUUAGGUGAUUGACAGAAAAUUAAUCUGCAACCACAACCAUAGUUUUUGAAAAUAAUAGUAAUAAGGAACAUUUUCUAGCUCAAGCCUCUCAAUUAUGAAGACCUGCUGAUUUUUAUUCUCUUUUAAUGUGACUGCAAACUGAAUAUCUUUGGAUAUCUGGGUUUUGGAUUGUCGAUCAGACUAAAACAACAUAAAGAUGUUAAGAUGCCACAUAGAGACAUAAUCGAUAAUGACAAUAAUCAUUAGUUGCAGCCUUAAAAGUAAAUUGAAAUACAUACAUACUUCUGAAUAUUGUGGAGUAUAAGCAUAAAGCAGUAUAAAAUUAGAACGCUAUGAGUACCUGAAUGUACCUAAAUAUACUUGGUUACUUUCCAACGCUAGGUCAGGUGUGUGUUUUGGUUGUUAUUCCUGAUUUAAACUUGUGGGAAAGCCCUCUACUUCAAGGUGCAUCCCUAACAAAGUGAUGCUGCGCUCCUUCUCUCUAACGCAUGACAUCAUUGUUAAAGGCCGGUGAAGGCGGGUGGGGGGGGGGCGUUCAAAACUGCAAAUCACAGACUGUUACUACGCGACUGUUGUUGCAAAAGGGCGUGGGCAUUGUGUUUUGUUUUUAUUUUUUAAAAUUAUUUUCGUUAGCCUCUGCAGCUACAUGGAUCCACCUGAGGUAGUAAUGGAUGUAUUCAUCACCUCGCGGCUGCGUGUGAGCAUCGUCACCGACGAAUUACGGAUAAAGAAACCUUGUGUCGGCGUUUUCUCACCCCGCCUGAACGUUUGACACUCGAACGCACCCCUUUGCGAUAGAUAGUUCGGACCAAAUGCAAUAAAAAUAAAUAAAAUAGACUCUCAGCUAUUUUUUCCUCUAGCCUCAGCUAAGCUAUCGCCCGCGCUUUCAUGAGCCUCGUAUGGCUUUUAUCAACGGAACAAAUUUAGGUGAAUAGGUGUGAUAAUCAGUCAGAUAUGGCAGUGAGCACAUCAGAACCGCUCUGUCAGCCGUGCGUUUACCAUGAGGCGUUCAAAGUGGAGCUACAGGUGAAGAGACCGCUGAUGCCUGUCCAGCUGGGUCCAGAGCAGGUGGGCCUGGAGAUGCUGUGUCUUUGUGGGCAACUGGACCUCCUCAUCAGGGCACAGAUGCAGCAGUUCCAGGAACAGUUAGGACAAGGCUGCAGCCCAGAGGAGUCGGACACUUUCCAGGCUCAAGGAUCAGAGAUUCUUGACCAGAUGCUGCAGUGCCUUGAACAUCUACCAAAGCCUAUGCCACAGCUGGAGGACUACCUGGACAUGGUGGGCCUGUCAGCGAUGUUUCCUCGCGUAGAGGUGUUCCUCAUCCAAGGCAGCCCCGUGGAAAUGUUGGAGAGGCCGCCGAUGGAUGAAUACUUCUUCCACAUUGCCAAACUGAACCAGCUCCUGGUGCUUAGCCAACAGCUAGAAGAGGACAUCAGGCACCUUGGAAGUCAUAAAUACAUUGCCCACCAGCUCUCGGUUAUAUAUCAAGUUGUCAGCUCUUUCAGGGGAAUUCGGGUCUUCUCUGAAAUUAAGAAAGAUAUUGAGGCCAACUUCAAACAGAUGAAACAGUCUCUAGUGAUAGACGAAGGCUCCCGGCACGAACCUCAGCUGGCUGUUCACUACAUCAACUGGAUAUUAGAAAUAACUCAGAACUUAACAUCGGCGGUGCUGUCGCUACCAGAGGAGCUGACGGAAGACCUUCACCAGGCUGUGACCUUCAUGUCCCAGUUCCUGUCCUGACUUACCCUGACG